AUGAACAGCCAUGCAGCAGCUUCUACCUCGCGGCAUGGAGUGGGCACCGCCAUCACAUCUCCGAAUCCAAGCGGCAGUCGCAAAACAACCAGUCUGAAUAAUAAUGUCAAACGAGGAUUCGAUCCAACAUCUUCGAAUGACAGAGACAUCCCCUGUGUAGAAGAGAGGGUCGCAGAGAGCUUAUCAGUCUGGGCAAAGGAGCUCAGAGCAUUGUUUGAUCAUGCGAAAGAGAGAUUUGGAGAUGUCACUUGGGAGAAUGAGGAUGAUUCAAGUGGGAGGAGCCGUAUCUGGGGACACAAAGCUGUGAUCUAUGCGCGAGCUCCGAAAGCUUUCAAAGACCGAUAUUUUAUCUCUCGACCAUUCUCUCGAUCCCCGGCAUCACUCAGGUCGCCCUCGCCCUCCUUUCCUUCUCAGUUCCCUGAUACCCCUUCCUCCCCUCAUCCAUCUUCCGCUACCAACUCCUUCCAUCGACCCAGCCCUGUACCUGCUCAUUCCGGUCGAACGAGCACGCUCUCUGUCAAUACAAUAAAGAGCGAAGGAACACUACGUGCCAACGGUGAUGGUGUGCUGCGUCUGACCCAUGGAGACACGCCGGAACUGUUCCAAGCUCAACUUGAAUGGCUCUACACGGGUGAAGGCUUUGGUGACGUUGUCGAAUGGAUUUCUGCAGAGGAUGACUCAGGCAUCGGCGGCAGUAUACGAGAUUCCCUCGGACGAAGAGGCAACCUCACCGAACGUAGAGACAAGCUCGGACAAGAUCUGACUUACAUGUGGAGAUCCAAGCUCUAUGCCGAUGCGCGGAUACACCUCGCCCCUCCUCUACCUGGACAGGAGGAUUCAUCCUCUUCAGAUUCAGACGAUUCCUCGGACUCUCUGUCUUCUACUGCCGUCUUCACAGCACAUCGGUUUAUACUCGCUUCUCGCUCACCCUAUUUUGCUUCUGUUCUCCUGAACGGCUCCACCUUCAAGCCGCAUACGUCGGAUAUUCAUUUACCCACCCCACCUUUCACACCUGCUGCCCUGCAUUUCUGCCUCGGCUACAUCUACGCAGGCCAUCUCGACUUUUCAAAUCGGACAUUUGACCUGAUCACGGCUUUCGCCAUCCAUCGAGCGGCUUCUUAUCUUCAGCUGGAUACUCUACAAGCGGAGAUAGAAUCCAGAAUAGCACACGAGUUUUGUCAUGCCUUCGAUCCGGCCAAAGUGCAUUGUCGUCGAUGUCCGGCGCGAAUCGCUCGCGUUUGGCGAUUCGCCUCUUCUCCGGACGUUGGAUCUGUCGACCUGCUGAUGAAGUCAAGAGCGUACGUUGUCCGACGUUGGGGCGACACUUGGGGUCGAGACGUGGCGUUGGCCGAGCCACAGGACCGACAAGCGUUAGUCAAGGACGUUGUGACUUCGAUCGGACCCCGCAACAUUGUCGCAGCGUUUCGAUCCCUGGGGAUGAUUCAAGAUCGCAUAGAUCAUGCGGUCCGCUCAAAAGGGCGAGCGUGGACCGCAUGGGCCGAGCCGAUCGAGGAGAUGUUGCAGGUUAUUCAGAAGCAUGUCCAGACCAUCCUCGUGGAUCGCUUUGCGGAGGUCGCUGAGAGUCCCGAGUUUUGGCAUCUAGUCUCUGGGCAAGGCUUCAGUCAUGAUCUGCUGGAGACCAUUUCCAAGGCUCUGGUGGAAUCCGUCGGUACGGCUCAAGAAUGCGUGGAGGGACCUAGAAUAUACCAAGCACUGGUAUCUUCAUUGUUACUCAGGGUCGAGCCGAAUACCUUGCAAACGGCUUUACCGCCUCGGUCGAGGGGUCGACUGCAGAUCGAAGAAGCCAAAGAGGGAAUCCUCGGGCAUGUGAGACGACGAUGGAUGCAGAUCAGGGACGGGGGCGGUCAGUCCAAGACCACACCUCGAAGGGCUAAACCUGAUAAGCCUGUUCGGACUGUUCCAACGCCAAAGAGCGCUCGGAAAGUCGAAGAGGAGUCUCGUAUACGGAAGCUGAGCACCGCGUCGACAGCUUCCACGCGUGGCAAAGCAUUUCGCAAAGGCGAGUCUCCGCCGCCUCUUCCUCUCCCCUCCUCGGUGAUAAGUCCUUCUCUCCAUUCUCCGACCUCUCAAUCCAAUCUCCCUCCUCCAGUCUCCAUGGCUCGUGCUGGUCGAAAAAUUUCCACGUCUUCCGCCAAAUCCAAUCAAUCAUACCGUGCGCAUCCGGCAUCUGCGUUCGAUCCGCCUCGACGACCUCUGAUUGUCAACCUGCCUGAGAAACAGGCUCCAGAAGGGACGACCCCAUUUCAGGGACGAGGCGUGGCUCUGCGCAUGGGCAUACCGUGUAUCGUGUCGCUCAAAUCCAAGCGAGCGAGGUUCAGAGCCAUGGUCAAAUACAUUGGCCAUAUACAAGACUCUCGCGGACCUUGGCUCGGUAUAGAGACGGAAGAACUGGACAGGUUCAAUGUGUCUACCCUUGAUAGUGGCUCUCUUGAUGGGAUACACUACUUUCACUUAUCCUCUCAGGAGGGGAACAUGGAGGACGUGGAUGUCCGACUAGCAAGGCAACGACGCAUCGAGGUGAUUCGUGAAGGACUCGAGAGACCUGUAGGCCUUGGAUUGGGUACGAUUGGGCGACAUCGCGCUGCUGGAUUGCCUGCUCCUGGGACGUUUGGACUCGGUGUUGAUAAUCUUGGGACGAAAAGGAGCAAGAGUCCAACUCCAUUUACAGAUGGUUUCGGGACGAUUGUCAACCCUCGCGUCUUAUUCGUCAGGCCGAGCGAAGUGGUCUUCGUUCUUGGAGCGGAAUAG